AUGGUACAUCCGCCGCAGCUGCUUCUGACCGCUUUUCUGGUGACUUCAGGAUCGCUGGCUGCAUGUCCAACAGCGGAUGGGCUGCUUGCCUCUUUGGCCACGAACGGCUAUGAGCCCAGGACGCUUCCGAACCAUCGGACAUCUGGCGCGAACGGUCCGCCUGUUGAAGUUCGCAUCCAGCUGUACCUUGCGGCCAUCGUCCAGGUCGACCAGAAACAGCAGCUCCUGUCCGUGGAAGGGUACUUUCGACAAGAGUGGAGCGAUGAGCGCUUGAACUCGUCCGCAGGUGUAGGUGAUUGCGAAGACGCGAUAACUCUGGACCUCCCAGUACGCGGAGUUUGGCAGCCCGACAUCUAUUUCGACAAUUCCAUUCGGGAAUGGUAUGGCGUGGGUUCAAUGCGCAUCUAUCCUGAUGCACGCGUGUGGAGAUCGGUGCGCUUCAACCACCUGAUGCGUUGUCCAAUGAGCUUUCAUCGCCUGCCUUUCGACACACAGCGAUGCUUCAUUCUCAUUGGAUCGUACUCUUGGGAGGUUUCCAAAGUGAAUACCUCCGCUUUCAGCGAUGGCCCAGUUGAAAUGCCAGAAGGGUACGAUGGCACGAUCGAGUGGGAGCUUGUUGAGGUAACGUCGGAAGUGACGACCGAGUGGUUCGGCACAGGUAUACACCGCAAGGGCUACAAGUAUGUCACGAUCUACCUCUCUCUGCAGCGCCGCUCCAGCAACCUCAUAAUGUUUGUUUUCGGCACGGCCAUUGGGUUUUCGUUGGUGGCAUAUGUGGGAUUGUUCAUCCCAAAGGCUGCGGCCCCGGCUCGCGUGGCGAGUUCGGUGAUCCCGGUGCUCAUCAUGCUGAACUUGCAAAACAACGUCACAAAUCAGCUGCCUGCGCUCAGCUACCUAACCUGGCUUACGAGCUUCCUUGUGUCGAUGACAUUGUUCACAAUGUCCACGGUCUUCGAAUAUGGCGUGGUGUCUGUACUGAUGCAGGUGGAAGCCCGCAAGAUUCGCAAGUUCGAAGCAUUCAAGCGCUUGACAGCCGACGCACAUAAGCGAGCUGAGGAGCAGGAGGUUAGCAUCUCAAUGGAAGACAUCCAAAAGACGGAUGCAGCAGUGGCCUAUGUUUACAAGCUGUUCGACUCGGAUGGAGAAUCCGGGCUCACUCUGAAAGAAGUUCAAUCUGGCUUCAAAGCGCUUGGGCAGCACUUCUCCCUGGACCAAGUCAAAGAGACCUUCGUCAAGCUGGGUGUGGAAGGGCAUCGAAUGAAAAAAGAAGACUUCCACCGGAUGCUAAAGGACAUUGAUGACUACAUGCCGGGAAAGAAUGCUUUCAAACUUACAUUUUGGGAGAGGGAGCCGGCCGAUCAGGUGGAUAUCGUCUUCCGAUGGGCCUUCAUCAUCGGUUUGGUUCUGGUGACCCUGCUCUGGAUUCUGUUCCGAUGA